AUGCCUUUCAUCCUCCACGUGACGUUCCGUAGGGAGGAGUUCACGCUCAGCCUCGAUGACGGCGACCCGUCCUUGGGCGAGGUCGGCGCGGCGAUUGCCCACCGGUCGGGGAUGCCGCUGGAAACGCUGAAGCUGCUGGUGACCGGCCGCAGGGGCCCUCCCGUGCAGCCGGCAGCCAUGAAGGGGAUGAGAUCGUCAGAAGCAGGGCUGCGGUCGGGCGCCAAGGCGAUGCUGAUUUCCAGCAACCUGCAGGACGUUCAGAGCGUGAUUUCUGCGCGGGACCUGCCCGGAGUCCGAGGCUUCGAGGAGGAGGUUGAGCGCGAAGCGCUCAGGAGGCGCCGAAACGCUGGCGUGGUUGGGCCCCCUGGAGGACGUUACACUUUCUCCAGCUACUCCGUGCUGGAAGACAAACAGCUGAUUCCCUCUCAAUCAUUGGCAUUGAAGCUCCUGUACCGCUUGGCAUCGGAUCCUGGCAUUGUGGGUAUCAUGAACAAGCAUCGUUGGAGUGUUGGCCUCUUGAGUGAAAUGCCACCUGAGGGGAAAGUUGGCAUCAGCAGAAUGUGCAUUCUUGGCUACAACGUGAACAAAGGACAGGAGAUUUCUCUCAGGCUCAGGACUGAUGAUCUGAAGGGCUUUCGGAAGUACCUCAAGAUUCGCGAGACACUUGUCCAUGAGCUGGCCCACAUGGUAUGGAGUGAACAUGACAACAAUUUUAAGAGUCUGAACUCGCAGUUGCUCCGUGAGUGUGAUGAAUUUAAUCGGCAAAGUCAGUCUGGCCAUGUCCUUGGUGGCUGGGAGAUUCAGCGCCAGGAUUCAGAAGACAUGGAGCAAUGGCAGACCGAGUACCCCGAAACUGUCAGCCAAGUGGGGCACACACUGGGUGGUUCGUUGGUGACCAUUGUUGCUGACCCAAGGGCAGCUGCUCGAGAUGCUGCCCUGAAGAGGUUGCAAGCGGCAGGCCCAGUGCCAAAAGGCAGUGAGCAGGCUAGCUCCUCUGCUAGCCAAGAAUAUGGAAACAAAGUUGCGCAAGAGGAUGGAAUGGAGGCUGUGGAGCUGGAGCGGUUCGAGCACCACGAUCCACAAACAGCCGAUGAUGAGGACAGAAUGACGAAGCUGGGGUCACUUGACUUGGGUGAAGGUGGAUUAGGGCCAGAUGACCAUUGUUGCAGAUCGCACCCUGCCCCAUCCCCAUCUGGAGUUGCAGAUGUUGCCAGCAAUGCUGAUGUCCGACAGGAAGUCAAGGCUGACCAACACAAUGACGCUGAGCCAGGUUCUCCAAGAGGUGCAACUGUGGUGGCGGCGAGCGAUUGGGAACAAACUCUUGCCAACAACGUGGACUCCCAGCAAGGAGGCAUGCCUGAUGAAUGUCCCAACCUCGAGAAUGCUUCGUCCAGAGGUGUGACUGCACAGGCAGCAGGACAAUUGGUGGAACCCUCAAGUUCACAUUUCUCUGACGACCAAAUGCAGGAUGUGGCUUCCACCGAAGACCCAGCAGUAGAAAGAUAUAAGAGAGCAGAGGCUGCUCUGGAUAGACUGCUUUCACUACCAGGUGGAGGAGACUCGUUAGUUGCACUGCAGACAAUGGAAGUGAUUCUCCGAAAUGCGCUGGGGUCACCUGCAGAGGAAAAGUACCGAAGGUUGAGGUGCAGGAAUCCGACAAUAUACUCGCGUGUUGUGAGGCAUCCAGCAGCGGUGGAUUUGUUGGGCGUGGCAGGAUUUCAGAGGGAAGAGGGUGGCGACCCUGUGCUGCGUCUGCGGAACAAUGACCCAGGCGUGCUUUGGUUGACGUUGUCUGUUGUUCAAGAGGGAUUGCAGCGGAUCGGUAAUGCUUCUUGA